AUGAGAUACAUAGGCCUCAGACUGGUGUGGUGCUUUCCCCCAUCUCACCUUCUUGCCCCCUCUGCACGCUCUCUCUGCACCAGGUCGUUCUACACGGGAGUGACGAUCCACAGGGUGAAUGGCGACGACACACUGGGGGACGCGGUGGACAUCACAGGCCUGCCGCCUCACAGCAAGAUCAACUUCCUCUCCUGGUCACCAGACGGGCAGCACUUGGCGUUCACUGUGCGCGGCGACGGCGAGGAGGGCGACAAUGGUGAGAAGCAGGCAGGCCGCCAGCUGUCACUCUGGGUGGCUGACGUGGCGACAGGCAAGGCAAGGCAGCUGCUGGGGCCGCCGCACGCAGCCAUCAACGCCGUCUUCGACUCCUACGCGUGGCUGGACGGCAGCACGCUCAUUGCGAGCAUCAUCCCGCCCGGCCACCCGCCUCUGCCCACGCGCCCUGCCGUGCCCCCCGGCCCCAAGAUCUCGGACAACCAGGGGGGCGUGGCGGCACAGUCACGCACGUUCACGGAUCUGCUCAAGGACGAGUUUGAUGCCCGCCUGCUUGAGCACUUUGCGAUGUCGCAGAUCGUCAGGAUUGAUAUCAAUGAUCCCGAGGGCACUAUGAUGCCCGUUGGCCCGCCGGACAUGUACAUGUCGGUGGAGCCAUCACACGAUGGCAAGUACCUGCUGGUGGAGCGCAUGUGCCGCCCCUUCUCCUUUGAGGUGCCCUGUGGCCGCUUCCCCCGCCGCGUGGAGGUGUGGCGCAGCGACACGGGCGACCUGCUGCAGCUGGUGGCGGACCUACCGCUGGCGGACAACAUCCCAGUGACCUUCAACUCCGUCAGGACGGGCCGCCGCAGCAUCAACUGGCGCCCUGACGUGCCCAACUGCCUCUACUGGGUGGAGACGCAGGAUGGGGGAGACGCCAAGGUGGACGCCUCUCCACGUGACAUCGUGUACACACUGCCGGCUGACCCCAAGCCCGCCCAGCAGCCUCAGCAGCUCUGCCGCCUCGACCUGCGCUAUGGAGGUAUCACGUGGGGUGACGAGGGUCUGGCGCUGGUCUACGAGAGCUGGUUCAAGACCCGCCGAACCCGAACCUGGGCCAUAGCCCCGGGCGGCGCUUCCGGACCUCUUCCCCCAGACCAGCGCCCCCCGCCGAAGCUCAUCUUCGACCGGUCCUAUGAGGACCGGUAUUCCGACCCUGGCGGGCCCCUCCUGCGCCGAACCAGUAUGGGAACCUACGUGCUGGCGCAGGUUCGGAUGCCAGAUGGCGCGCUGCGAUUGCUCCUCGCCGGUGACGGGGCGAGCCCGGAGGGCAACGUGCCGUUCCUUGACCUGUUUGACAGGCAGACGGGGGAGAAGGAGCGCGUGUGGCGCAGCGAUACAGACAAGUACUUUGAAACCAUGUACUCGCUGCUGGGCGACCAGGAGGAGGGACCCAUUGACCUCAAGGACCUCAAGCUCAUCUUAUCGCGCGAGUCGAAAGACGACCCGCCCCAGUCGUUCGUCAAGAGGUGGGCGGACGGGUCGGAGGUGCAGCUGACUCACUUCCCGCACCCCUACCCGUCGCUGCGCGGGCUGUCCAAGGAGAUCAUCCGCUACUCGCGAUCCGACGGUGUGCAGCUCACGGCCAAGCUCUUCCUGCCGCCCGGCUACAGCCCCGCUACAGACGGGCCGUUACCCAUGGUGCUGUGGGCGUACCCCCGCGAGUACAAGAGCAAGGAGGCAGCUGGGCAGGUGCAGGGCUCGCCCAAUCAGUUCCCUGGGAUCGGGGCGUCUUCACCGUUGCUCUUCCUGGCUAGAGGCUACGCGGUGCUGAGCGGCCCCUCAAUGCCCAUCAUAGGGCAGGGCGAGGAGGAGGCGAAUGAUCGAUUCGUGGAGCAGCUAGUCUCUAGCGCAGAGGCAGCGGUGGAUGAGGUGGUGCGACGCGGCGUGGCGCAGCGGGAUAAGAUUGCGAUUGGCGGGCACUCGUACGGGGCGUUCAUGGCGGCUAACCUGCUCGCCCACGCGCCGCACCUGUUUGCUUGCGCGAUUGCGCAGAGCGGUGCUUACAACCGCACGCUCACGCCGUUCUCCUUCCAGUCGGAGGAGCGCACGCUGUGGCAGGUGCCGGAGGUGUACAUGACCAUGAGCCCCUUCCUGGCAGCAGACCGCAUCAAGUCGCCCAUUCUGCUCGUGCACGGCCAGGACGACAACAACACCGGCACCUUCCCCAUGCAGACGGAGCGUUUCUUUGCAGCACUCAAGGGGCAUGGUGUAACCACCCGCAUGGUGCUGUUACCACACGAGGGGCAUGGUUACCGCGCCCGUGAGUCGCUGUUACACGUGCUUGCAGAGCAGUCCAACUGGCUUGACAGAUAUUGCAAGAAUCGACCUGCACCGGCAGCAGCACCAGGUGACAAGGAGAGUGAAGCAGGAGGCAGUGCUGAGGUGAAGACAAACGAGCCAGUGGGAGCUGCAGUGGAGGAGGGUGCUAAGGAAGAGAACGGCCAUGAGCUUGAUGGGUCAUGGUUGAGGGCAUCCCUCUUGCUCUUGCACUCCAUAACCCACGAUUACUCCGCCCGUCGCACAGCCCAAGAGUCAGUGCGGUCGACUCUCAUCGCCUUGGCUCAGCUGACAUCAGCCAUGGCGGCGUCGUGCGCCCUGCCUGCCGCAACAGGCGCUACCCUAGGAGCGUUCACCUCUUCUCGUGCCGGCGGGCCACAGCGUUCCUCUCCGCGUGUCGGCUUCCCAUUGCGGCGCCGCACUGCAACUAUCGCGCUGCGCUGUUCUGCAUCUUCACCCUUCCUCGCCUCUCCUCGCCGGAAACUCCAGGGAGCGCGUUUCUUGACCGUACGCGCUGCGGCCAAAUCCGGGGUGUCUAAUACCGGCGGUGCGACGGAGCAAUCGCCCAAGGCGCUCCAACGGCAGGGGUCGCUGGGCGUGUGCGACGAGAAACCGUCGCCGCAGUCGUCGCUGACCAUCGAACGGCAAGGAUCGCUCCAGGUCCCCACAAAUGAAACCGACACUCUUCCCCCGCCCUCCGUUGCGCUCAUCUCCGUGCCCGAGCCGCUUGACGAGGGCCUCAUCGAGCCGUCGAGCCCUCGCGCCUCGGAGACUGGCGUGGACCGCAUCGAGUCGCAGGCGCGAACGACGCUCUCGAAGCUUAAGCACAUUCUUUAUAAGAUCAAGACACGUGCCGCCGACGUUCAAACGUCUGUAACGGUCUAUCCUCCUUCAGCGGGAGAUGCGGCGGGUAUUCCCGGUGUUGUUGCCGGGAGUACGGAUAGCGUAUCAGACACUAGAGAGAACGAUUUACAAUUUGAUGGCGAUGCGAAUGGAGGUAAGGUGGAGGAGGAACAGCAAGUCUUCGUUUCGCAGCAGAUCAAACUCGACCUUGGGAGCAUCCCGUCCGUUGAUCUAGACGUUCCGAUUGACAUCGACGCAUCAUCGCCGUCGGAUGUCUCGUCGGUUCCUCUUUCUCCCUCGUCCUUCUCAGCCCAGAGCCUUUCCACCCUUUUCUCGGGUUUCUCUCCUUCCGAAAGUCCCGCCGCAAUUCCCGCGAGCGAGCAGCAGCUUGACGUGCAGCAGAUGGAUUCGCUGACGUGUACUCGCGCCUCGAUUCGAUUCGACGAGGAAACGCAAACGGCGAUUGUGACUGUAACGGCGUCUGUCCGAGCCGCGGACCUGGUGGACCGUGCCGCGUACACCGAGCGCACUAUGGCCAUGGCGACGCGUGCUAUAGCGCGUACGUGUCUCGUGCUGGACCAAAAGGCGCAGCGCAAAGCAGCAGAAGCCGUCUCGUCAGCAUCCCAACCGCCACUGUCGCCGGCGGCAGCUGCAACCUCCGUAGCGCAGCCGCCGAUUGACACCUCCCUGCUACCACCGCAAAUUGCGCCGGAAAAGGCGGACGAUCAGGUGCUGACGCAGGAGCAGAGGGAGCAGGAGAGGGAGCUAGUGGAGCUGCUAUCGACGGGCAGGAUCGUCAGCUGGAGGAUGGCGGGUCGCGAGCUCGGAUCCACGCCGUUCCGUCCGCUCUACGUCGUCAAUCUGGCGGCGGCCGACGGCGCUGACGGCGAGAAGACGGUGCAGGCGCUGUACCGGCCCGUGGUUGGCGGCGACGCCAGGCUGCGAUUCCAGCGCGCCCCGGCGGAAUGGGUCGCGUACAAGCUCUCGCGCGUGUUGGGGUUGGACGUGGUACCGCCAGUGGCGGUGAGGCAGGGCGUGCAGCUGGGGUCGCGGCGGUUCGCGCAGGGCACCAUGACGCUGCUGCCGCACCUGCUGCACCCGCUCGCCUCCGUGCACCCCUCCCGCCUGCGCGCGCCCGCCCAGGCGCACACGGUGAUCAGCAGCAUCCGCAUUCUCGACGCCCUCAUGGGCUCCUCCCUGCGCCGCCCCGCCGGCUUCUUCGCCGCGCAGCACUGGUCGGGGGACGGCAAGCUCUCGCCCGUAGUGCUCUCGCACCCCAUUGGCCCGUCCCUCGGCGCCGGCCUGCACGCCAUGUGGUCCAAGCGCGGCACGGGAGCGGGCGGCAGACUGAAGACGGUGGCGGGGUUUGUCCUGACUCGCCUGAGGAGAAUGAACCGCGCGCAGCUGCUGGAGGAGAUGGGCGGCGCACUGACGGCGGGGGAGAUGGAGAGGGUGUUGGACAAGCGCGACCAGAUGGUGGGGUACUUUGAUGCCCUCGCUGCUAAGAUGGGCCACCAGGCUGUCGUCAGGUGA